ACAGCCAAUGAAUGAGGCGCGUUGGUGUCACGUGGCCGGUGUCACAGUGACUGCUUCUUACUGCCUUGGUUAAAGUGGGGUCAAGCAAAGACGUGAGAAGACGCGACGGACUAAUUGCAGGAAUUAUCAAGUCGCUGUUUGCUCGCAGUAUGCUGAGGGAAUUUGAUGAAGAUCCGUUUUUUUCGGAUCCAUUUCGAGCACAUGGAGACCAUAUGAGGCAGAUGAUGCGCAGUUUCUCUGAACCAUUCGGUGCACCCUUACUGCCCAGCAUAACGGAUGGGAGAAACCCUGGACGCGAGAUGACGGAACAUCCUAGUUCGUCCCUUGCACUGAGAAGUGGACACAGGGAUAUGAGCCGAUCAAUGUUCCCUUUUGGCAGUACUGACAACACGGACGUCAUGCAAAACCCUUUUAGCAUGUUUGACAACAUGAUGUCCAAUGUGAGAAACAAGAUGGAAGAAAUGCACCGAAACUUUGGGAACACGUCCACAGAUCCAAAUACCCACUCAUUCAGCUCCUCAUCAGUAGUGACGUAUUCAAAAGUUGGAAAUGAGCCUCCUAAGGUCUUUAAAGCGGUGUCAUCAACUCGUCAUGCUCCAGGAGGGAUCAAAGAGACCCACCAUGCAGUUAAAGACUCGGAGAGUGGUCUGGAGAAGAUGAAAAUCGGGCAUCACAUCAAGGAUAAGGGGCACGUCGUUGAGAAGAAAUACAACAAGAAGACCGGAGAGAAAGAGCUCAACCAGGACUUUCAGAACAUGGAUGAAUCUGAGGCACACUUGUUUUAUGACGAGUGGCAGCAGGAGUUGUCCAGAUUUCAGUCGUCACACCCCAUGUCUUGCCUGAGGGAGCCUCCACCCUGUGCUGCCCACCAGGCAGCCCUCCCUGGUCCUGAGCCUGAGCCCCCCCACAGAGAUCAGCAGAGACGCAAAACUGGACACAAAGAGAAAACGAAAGGCUCGGGCAACACAAUGCAAUAA